AUGUACGACGCGUGGCUCCAGCUGGACCAGCUCGAGGUCGAGUGCAAGGAGUUCGAGGAGAGCAACCGCAUGGUCUUCAGCCAGGUGGUGACAGACCUGGAGCACCUGGGCUCGGAUCUCGCCGACAGGGAGCGCAUGAAGUCUGAGGCCGAAGGGGGCAUCGCAGACAUGAAGACUCGGAUCAACGACCUGGAGGGCGCCCUGAACACACUGAAGCGGGGCUUCCAGUCAACCCGCGAGAAGAAUGCGUACGAGCUGUCGCUGCGCCAGGACGACCAGGAUGUCUUCACCGCCAUCCUGCAGCUGUCCAAGUGCCCCAACGCCUACGGAGACGACACGUACUCCCUCGCACAGUUCCAGAUCUGCGACACGGACAACGGCACGCGGGUGGAGGUGAGCAACGCCUCCCUGGCAGCGAAGCUGAACCGGUCGCCGCGGGUGCAGAAGGUGCUCCAGGAAGUCCUGGCGGCCGCUGGCUCAAGGGCGUCCUCGCUGCUGCAGGUCGAUCAAGCGCCCCCGCCGCAGUCGGUUCAGAAGCCGAAGGGCGGCUCGAGGAAGUGCGUCAACGGCCAGGUCAACUGCGGUUACCUCCACGACCUCAUGGCGCUGGAGUGGGGCAAGUUCAAGGACCUGGUGGACGAGCUGACCUACAUCAUGCAGCACAACCGCGACGCCUACGAGGGCGAGAAGGAGAACAUGAACGAGCAGAUUGCGACGCUGAGGUCGAACAAGAUGAAGUUCACGGAGAUGCUGGGCGAGGCCGUCUCCGAGAUCAAUUCGCUCACGGCGGCGACGCGCGAGAAGCAGCAGCAGCACCGUGACAUCGAGCAUGCCUUCAAGAUGAAGAUGGCAGACUGCAAGAAGCGCAUGAGCGAGAUCCUCUACACCAACAUUUGCGGGACCCGGACCGUGCGCAAUUCGCUGAUGCGGUACAGCACUGUCUCGCCCACGGCGUCGAUCAAGGACUGCGACGUGACCGACUGGUCCGCGGGGCCGUGCACUACCGACGGGAGGGGCAGCUCAUUAUCGGUAGACUGCGACGACAGCUGCCCGGCCGACGUCGGGGGCGUCGACGUCGACACGUGCGGUGGCAUGAAGCAGCUCACCAGGCAGGUCAUCGUCUCCCCGAACUCCUUCGGCAUGGCCUGCCCCCCGCUCUUCUACGAGAGGCAGAACGGGACCGCUGGCAUGAAGUGCAACCAGUUCCACUGCCCAGUCCACUGCUCCGUGUCCGAGUGGUCUGGCUGGUCCGCAUGCUCCAAGGAGUGCGGGGGCGGCACCCAGGGGAAGACCCGCUCCAUCCUCGUGAAGCCCAAGAACGGGGGGACGGAGUGCGACGCCACGCUCGAGGAGCAGCCGUGCAACACCGGUUCGUGCGACCGCGACUGCACGCUCAUGCCCUGGACCGCGUGGGAGCCCUGCUCGAUGGCCUGCGGCGGCGGCAUCCAGGAGCGCGCGCGCAAGGUGGACAUCCCCAUCCGCGCGAACGGCAGGUGCCCCGGGCCGAAGCACCCCGACCGCUUCCAGAUGCAGGAGUGCAACACCCAGGACUGCGUCGGCGACGAGAUCUGCAUCGCCAGGCAGGACCUCGUCAUCGCGAUCGACGGCAGCGGCUCCCUGAAGCAGGAGGGCUUCGACAUCCUCCAGAAGUUCGCCCUGAACCUCACCAGCAGGUACCAGAGCACGUACUACGGCGUGGAGGACAUGCGCAUCGGGCUGGUGCUCUUCGGGAACGGCGAGUACUUCGACAACGGCACCGUCGCGGCGGCCCUCGAGGUGGUCCCGAUCACGAGCGACCUGGAGUCCGUCAGCACGGCGAUCGCUGGGCUGCAGUGGCAGCGCGGGUUCACCAACAUGAUGCAGGCCCUCCAGGCGGCCGACAACAUGUUCGCGGAGGGCCGGGACGACGCGCAGAGCGCCGUCAUGGUGCUCUCGGACGGCAAGUACACCAACGCGUACCGCACCACCAUGAAGGCGACGGCGCUGAAGGACAAGGGCGUGCAGAUCUUCAUGGCCCCGAUCGCCGAGAGCUCGACGAGUAGUCUGCUGGUGCUCAGGGGCUGGGCGAGCGAGCCCUGGGAGACCAACUACGAGCGCAUCCCGGGCCUCACGGCGCUCAUCAACAACGAGCCCGAGUUUGCCCAGAAGCUGCUGGUGAAGUUCUGCCCCCGCGCGUUCUCGCCAUCGCAGCAAGCGGAGGAGGAGGCGCAGCAGGGCUACCUCAAGAUCCACGAGCAGGGCUACCCCUCCGACAGCUGCGGCGAAUGGAAGAGAAUGCGCAAUGCCGACACCGCCGAGGCUUGCAUGGAGUUGGUGAAGGAGGUGGGGAUCCUGGCCUUCUCGUUCGAGGAAGGGGGCCGCGGGGCAGGCACCUGCUACUCGGCGGCGGUCGACGUCACCGAUGACCUGUGGGCCGAGGCGCUGAACGACCGCGUCAACCUGACGUGCCCGGGCGGCGCGUGGGUCUACAACGAGUACGCCUCCACCUACAUCAUGAACCCGAGCAUGUUCGGAGACCUCUUCGACGAGCCAGUGGAGCGCCAGGUGCCCCAUCCCAGACCCAACGAAGCAGACCAAACCAAUCAGCCUGCAGCGAUGAGGCUGAUGCUGGACCUCGCCCUGGCUCUCGCCCUCUGUGCGCUGGGCCGCGCUGCCCUCCUCCGCUCUGGUGCGGACAACGUGGUGAAGCGGACCGCGGCCGGCACCAGCUUGCGCGCGAAGGUUGGGUACAUGGUGCAGGACAUGCUGCGGAGCAAGGGCACCACCACCCGGCACAUCGCGGACAAGGUGCACAAGAAGAUGAAGCUGAGCGACGCGCUGCCACUGCUGGAGGACAAGCUGCCCAAGGAUGUGUCGUCCCUGUUGCGCCUGUCCAGCGGGGAGCACGCGGCCGGGCAGUUCAGCGAGGUGUCACUAGCGAAGGGCCGCGUGUACCUGAACAACAUGAUGUACGACGCGUGGCUCCAGCUGGACCAGCUCGAGGUCGAGUGCAAGGAGUUCGAGGAGAGCAACCGCAUGGUCUUCAGCCAGGUGGUGACAGACCUGGAGCACCUGGGCUCGGACCUCGCCGACAGGGAGCGCAUGAAGUCUGAGGCCGAAGGGGGCAUCGCAGACAUGAAGACUCGGAUCAAUGACCUGGAGGGCGCCCUGAACACACUGAAGCGGGGCUUCCAGUCAACCCGCGAGAAGAAUGCGUACGAGCUGUCGCUGCGCCAGGACGACCAGGAUGUCUUUACCGCCAUCCUGCAGCUGUCCAAGUGCCCCAACGCCUACGGAGACGACACGUACUCCCUCGCACAGUUCCAGAUCUGCGACACGGACAACGGCACGCGGGUGGAGGUGAGCAACGCCUCCCUGGCAGCGAAGUUGAACCGGUCGCCGCGGGUGCAGAAGGUGCUCCAGGAAGUUCUGGCGGCCGCUGGCUCCGGGGCGCCCUCGCUGCUGCAGGUCGAUCAAGCGCCCCCGCCGCAGUCGGUUCAGAAGCCGAAGGGCGGCUCGAGGAAGUGCGUCAACGGCCAGGUCAACUGCGGCUACCUCCACGACCUCAUGGCGCUGGAGUGGGGCAAGUUCAAGGACCUGGUGGACGAGCUGACCUACAUCAUGCAGCACAACCGCGACGCCUACGAGGGCGAGAAGGAGAACAUGAACGAGCAGAUUGCGACGCUGAGGUCGAACAAGAUGAAGUUCACGGAGAUGCUGGGCGAGGCCGUCUCCGAGAUCAAUUCGCUCACGGCGGCGACGCGCGAGAAGCAGCAGCAGCACCGUGACAUCGAGCAUGCCUUCAAGAUGAAGAUGGCAGACUGCAAGAAGCGCAUGAGCGAGAUCCUCUACACCAACAUUUGCGGGACCCGGACCGUGCGCAAUUCGCUGAUGCGGUACAGCACUGUCUCGCCCACGGCGUCGAUCAAGGACUGCGACGUGACCGACUGGUCCGCGGGGCCGUGCACUACCGACGGGAGGGGCAGCUCAUUAUCGGUAGACUGCGACGACAGCUGCCCGGCCGACGUCGGGGGCGUCGACGUCGACACGUGCGGUGGCAUGAAGCAGCUCACCAGGCAGGUCAUCGUCUCCCCGAACUCCUUCGGCAUGGCCUGCCCCCCGCUCUUCUACGAGAGGCAGAACGGGACCGCUGGCAUGAAGUGCAACCAGUUCCACUGCCCAGUCCACUGCUCCGUGUCCGAGUGGUCUGGCUGGUCCGCAUGCUCCAAGGAGUGCGGGGGCGGCACCCAGGGGAAGACCCGCUCCAUCCUCGUGAAGCCCAAGAACGGGGGGACGGAGUGCGACGCCACGCUCGAGGAGCAGCCGUGCAACACCGGUUCGUGCGACCGCGACUGCACGCUCAUGCCCUGGACCGCGUGGGAGCCCUGCUCGAUGGCCUGCGGCGGCGGCAUCCAGGAGCGCGCGCGCAAGGUGGACAUCCCCAUCCGCGCGAACGGCAGGUGCCCCGGGCCGAAGCACCCCGACCGCUUCCAGAUGCAGGAGUGCAACACCCAGGACUGCGUCGGCGACGAGAUCUGCAUCGCCAGGCAGGACCUCGUCAUCGCGAUCGACGGCAGCGGCUCCCUGAAGCAGGAGGGCUUCGACAUCCUCCAGAAGUUCGCCCUGAACCUCACCAGCAGGUACCAGAGCACGUACUACGGCGUGGAGGACAUGCGCAUCGGGCUGGUGCUCUUCGGGAACGGCGAGUACUUCGACAACGGCACCGUCGCGGCGGCCCUCGAGGUGGUCCCGAUCACGAGCGACCUGGAGUCCGUCAGCACGGCGAUCGCUGGGCUGCAGUGGCAGCGCGGGUUCACCAACAUGAUGCAGGCCCUCCAGGCGGCCGACAACAUGUUCGCGGAGGGCCGGGACGACGCGCAGAGCGCCGUCAUGGUGCUCUCGGACGGCAAGUACACCAACGCGUACCGCACCACCAUGAAGGCGACGGCGCUGAAGGACAAGGGCGUGCAGAUCUUCAUGGCCCCGAUCGCCGAGAGCUCGACGAGUAGUCUGCUGGUGCUCAGGGGCUGGGCGAGCGAGCCCUGGGAGACCAACUACGAGCGCAUCCCGGGCCUCACGGCGCUCAUCAACAACGAGCCCGAGUUUGCCCAGAAGCUGCUGGUGAAGUUCUGCCCCCGCGCGUUCUCGCCAUCGCAGCAAGCGGAGGAGGAGGCGCAGCAGGGCUACCUCAAGAUCCACGAGCAGGGCUACCCCUCCGACAGCUGCGGCGAAUGGAAGAGAAUGCGCAAUGCCGACACCGCCGAGGCUUGCAUGGAGUUGGUGAAGGAGGUGGGGAUCCUGGCCUUCGCGUUCGAGGAAGGGGGCCGCGGGGCAGGCACCUGCUACUCGGAGGCGAUCGACGUCACCGAUGACCUGUGGGCCGAGGCGCUGAACGACCGCGUCAACCUGACGUGCCCGGGCGGCGCGUGGGUCUACAACGAGUACGCCUCCACCUACAUCAUGAACCCGAGCAUGUUCGGAGACCUCUUCGACGAGAGCUCCUGA